CACUUACUGUCGCUGUGCGAUUUGUUGGUAUAAAAAGUAAAAACAUCAAAAGAGGUCAGAAUCGUCAAACCAAGGAAUCAAAACCACUCUGUCUGCUACAAAAGUCUCUCUCAUAAUCAAAACCAAUUCUCUUUCAUCCAUUCAUUUCGAGUCUCUCAGCAAGCAACCAGUUGAACUUGUCCAGUACACCCAUCUUAAUUCAGAUGGAAAACUCGUUGGGUCUUCUCAGAAUUCACGUCCACAGAGGCGUAAACCUUGCUGUCAGAGAUUCCACGAGCAGCGAUGCCUACCUUGUUGUCCGAAUGGGCAAACAGGAAUUGAAGACUCCUGUAGUGAAAAAUGACGUCAAUCCUGAGUGGAAUGAAGAUUUGACACUCUCUAUUGCAGAUCCUAAUAUUCCAAUUAAGCUUUCUAUUUAUGACAAGGACACAUUCACCAUUGAUGACAAAAUGGGAGAUGCAGAGUUGGACAUCGGACCAUUUGUUGAAGCACUAAAGAUGCAGUUGGGAAAUGUCGCUAAUGGAACCAUCGUCACAAGAGUAAUACCGAGCCGGGAGAACUGCUUGGCAGAAGAGAGCUGCAUUGUCUGGACGGACGGCAAGGUUGUCCAGAACAUGUUCCUUCGACUGCAAAAUGUCGAGAGUGGCGAGAUUGAACUCCAGUUGCAGUGGAUAGAUGUUCCUGGUUCCAGUGGUUUGUAGAUCUAAUAUGAACUAUCUUUGUUUAUUGCUAAGCAUGGUAUGGUAUGCAGACAGGUUUGGUGUGUUUCUCUAGUUGUUAUUUUGUUAAGUCAUGUAAUAUAGAGUAUGCUUAAUUCCAAGGGUUGGCUCAUGGGUGAGUCACGUGACUCUGGUGUCUCGGAAAGCAUCAUGUCUAUGGUUCGACUCUUCUUUGAUGCAAACAAUUUCUCUAAGUAGGGUGUGUGUCUAUCAAAUAAGAAAAAUAGAGUAAAGUUUUGUAUUAA